AUGGUGCAGAUAAUUACGUCAGAUAUUGAAUGGAACAAUGUGUAUCCAGCAACAAAAAUGAACAAUGCAUCAUCAUCAGAACCAGGAUCUGAUAAUAGGAAGAGGCGCAACCAAGAUCUGAUGAAUUAUGAGAGCAGGUGUCAAGGCGGCAGCAGCAAAAGGUCUGCUAGAACAAGGGAACACAACCAAAGAACACCAAUCAACAUCGAAGAGGAGACUGUUGUGGAGCAUCCUGAAGAAAGGGUUUCUACUGAGGUGCUGAGAGAUCACUAUCAACAACUCAAGAGCUAG